CCGGCCCGGCACAGGGCCCCAAGGAUUCCCCGGCCCCGCCAGUUCCCUUGGCUGCGGAGUUCUCGGAGCUCUUCGCGCGCUGUGCAGUCCCAGGCUACAGGGAACUCACGUGUCCCAGGUGACUCCUUUUGCACAGUUGGAUGGAAGGAUGCUCUUUUCCUGAUAGAAGAUGAUGAUCUCGGAGAAUGAUCAUGGAGAAGGGGAUGAAUUCUGGAGGACUGCCUUCCAGACCAUCUCAGGCAUCUGCUGCUAAAGGAACAGUCAAGGAGUUAGAAACACAGCACCCCUGUAAGGAGAAACGAGGGGGCUUUGUGCUGGUGCAUGCAGGUGCAGGCUAUCAUUCGGAAUCCAAAGCCAAGGAAUAUAAACAUGUAUGCAAACGAGCUUGUCAGAAGGCAAUUGAGAAGCUACAAGCUGGUGGUCUUGCUGCAGAUGCAGUGGCUGCUGCUCUGGUGGAACUUGAGGAUUCUCCUUUUACAAAUGCAGGAAUAGGAUCAAAUUUAAAUCUCUUAGGAGAGAUUGAAUGUGAUGCCAGCAUAAUGGAUGGAAAGUCCUUAAACUUCGGAGCCGUUGGAGCAUUGAGUGGAAUCAAGAAUCCAGUCUCAGUUGCCCACAGACUCUUGUGUGAAGGGCAGAAGGGCAAGCUCUCUGCAGGCAGAAUUCCUCCCUGCUUUUUAGUUGGAGAAGGAGCCUACAGAUGGGCAGUGGAUCAUGGGAUACCCUCUUGCCCUCCUAGCACCAUGACCACAAGAUUCAGCUUAGCUGCAUUUAAAAGGAACAAGAGGAAACUGGAGCUGGCAGAAAGGGUGGCAACAGAUUUCAUCCAGCUGAAGAGAAGGCGACAGUCAAGUGCAAAGGAAAAUGACUCAGGCACUUUGGACACGGUGGGUGCUGUGGUCGUGGAUCACGAAGGGAAUGUUGCUGCUGCUGUCUCCAGUGGAGGCUUGGCCUUGAAACAUCCAGGGAGAGUUGGGCAGGCUGCUCUUUAUGGGUGCGGCUGCUGGGCUGAGAAUGCUGGCGCUCAGAACCCCUACUCCACAGCUGUGAGUACCUCAGGAUGUGGAGAGCAUCUUGUGCGCACCAUCCUGGCUAGAGAAUGUUCACAUGCUUUACAAGCUGAAGAUGCUCACCAAGCUCUGUUGGAGACUAUGCAAAACAAAUUUAUCAGUUCACCUUUCCUUGCCUGUGAAGAUGGUGUGCUUGGCGGAGUGAUCGUUCUCCGGUCAUGCAGAUGUUCUUCAGAGGCUGACUCCUCCCAGGAUAACCAGACACUGCUGGUGGAAUUUCUGUGGAGCCAUACUACAGAGAGCAUGUGCGUGGGAUAUAUGUCAGCCCAGGACGGCAAAGCCAAGACUCACAUUUCACGACUCCCUCCUGGUGCUGUGGCAGGACAGUCUGUUGCCAUCGAAGGUGGGGUUUGCCGCCUGGAGAGCCCCGUGAACUGACUCCAGGCUGAAUAUGAAGUGUCUGAGAGGCAUUUCAGAGCCUGAGCUUCGGGCUGUUUAAUUGAAGUUGGAUGUUUUAAUCUUCCCUGUUUUGUAAUUCUUAUUGCCACCUCGGGCACUGCUUGGGACACAAGUGCUGCUAUACUUAGUGCUGGUUGACACUCGAGUCUUAGAUGGGUGAGCGGAAGUCUGUGUGGGUGUGUAUCUGUGUGCAGUGUGUAUGCUUGCUUCUCCCUGAUGGGAUAAGUUCUCCUCAAGUGCAACCUAUGAAUGAGAAUGAUUAAAUCUUUACAAAAUGUGUGCUUUAACUGUUUACAAGUAAACCUAAAAUUGUAGAAAACUUUUAUUUCUUCAAGAGGUACCAACUAUGGUUGAUACAAUGUGUCUGAACUGAAGAGUGAAUCUGCUUGUUUAAACAACUUGACCUUGAUUGUAGUCCAUUUAAUAACAGUAAUCAGUAAUAUGGUGUCAGUUUAAGUGGGUGGUGUGGUAACUUAAAGUUGUUCUCAUCCCUCAUGCAGGGCAUUUUUCCUUGAACACAGAAUGGUUUCAGUGAAACCAUUCUAGCAGAGAACUAAAGUCAGAACCUUUUAAAGUAAUGGUCUUAUUGAUAAAGUUUGUGCUUCUUUCCUGAGCUAUUUGAAGCUUAAGUAUUGCAUAGCUUUGCGCCGUGUGUACUAUAAUUAUGAAAGACUAUGUAAAGAAAGUGUUCCGUAACACACAGUUUUAAUUUGUGUAUAAUGGAAUGUUAUUUACAAUGUAACACUGUAAAUAAGAAAGCAAACGUUUAUGGGAAAAUUCAAUAUUAUCUUUGUUUUUUGUUUAAAUAUAUUUUUAAGAUAAAGGUACAAAAAUAAAAGAAGCCUAUUACUGGGUAUGGUGUGUGGCUGCUUGUCUCUGACGAAUCUUUUGAAUCCU